GAUGGUAACAGCACCAACCUCAGAGGGCUGCGGCAAGAUCGGAACGAGUUAAUAUGUGAGUUUUUAGGACAAGGCCAGGAGCAGAGUAGACGCUGAAGAAGGAGUGGCGUGAUCAUCAUCUUCACCAUCAUCAUCAUCAUCAUUAUCAUGUCCUUGGGUUGGUGCCGCCCCCCAGUGGGUGUUGAGCACUUGAGGGUUAAUUUCAGGGUAGGGGAGGGAGGCUGUGGGCUUGGGGCCAGGCAGAAGUCCUGCCAAGUGUGACCACCAGAGGGAGCAGCUGGACCUGAACUGGCCCCACUGACAGCGCCCAAGGCACCCUCCUGGAGCCAGAGGAGGGGGCUGGCAGAGAGUGGCCAGGACGGGAUGUCCCCAGCCCCCAGUGGCCUCUCCUCCCACCCAGCCCCGGUCUGCAGAGCCAUCCGGUCCCCACCCUGGUGACAUCCUCCUCCUGCUCCCUCAAUAGGGUCGAGUGGGGAAUCUUGGGGAGGGGGCUGGCGGGAGUGGCGGGGCGGCUCCAGCCCUUGAUGGCCCCUCCCCCUCCUGUGGAGCCGUCCAGUCCCUUCCCCAAGGCCGACCUUCCCAUGGCCUCUGACCCCCUCCUCCUCCCCACCCUACUCUGCCGGGCGCACCGGGUGACCAGCGAACCCCAUUCCCAAACCUUCAAGGAGCAGGGACGUGGGAGGAGGCAAAAAAACUACAGGCAGGGAGCUGGAAGGGGGGUGGGGGGGCAGGAGACAAGAAAUCAAGACACCCAGCAGCGGGACACACACACACACACACACACACACACACACACACACACGCACACAUACACACAGAGGCCAACAGACAGCUACCUAAAGCCCGAAAGACGGACAGCAACACAGAAAAAGAACGAGAGACAAAGACAGAAAUAGAAACAGACUAACACGCAGAGUCAGAAACAUAGCGACAGAAAGCCAGGGAAAAAGAGAAAAUUAGACACCAGGGAGAUACGAACAGGGAGAGAGACCAACCGAAAGAAAGACGGAGAAGAGGAGAGAGAAGCCAGGGCCCAGCGUGCCAGCAGGCGGAUGGAGGGCGGCCUGGCAGAGGAGACAUAGUGGCCUGGGCUGAGCUGGGUGGGCCGGGAGAAGCGGGUGCCUCAGCAAGGGGGUGGGGGCAUGGGAGGGGCAGGCAUUCUGCUGCUGCUGCUGCUGGCUGGGGCGGGGGCGGUGGUGGCCUGGAGACCCCCAAAGGGAAAGUGUCCCCUGCGCUGCUCCUGCUCCAAAGACAGUGCCCUGUGUGAGGGCUCCCCGGACCUGCCCGUCAGCUUCUCUCCGACCCUGCUGUCACUCUCCCUCGUCAGGACUGGAGUCACCCAGCUGAAGGCCGGCAGCUUCCUGAGAAUUCCAUCUCUGCACCUGCUCCUCCUCACCUCCAACUCCUUCUCCGUGAUUGAGGACGACGCGUUUGCAGGCCUGUCCCACCUGCAGUACCUCUUCAUCGAGGACAAUGAGAUUGGCUCCAUCUCUAAGAACGCCCUCAGAGGACUUCGCUCACUCACACACCUAAGCCUGGCUAAUAACCAUCUGGAGGCCCUCCCCAGAUUCCUGUUCCGAGGCUUGGAGACCCUUACUCACGUGGACCUCCGCGGGAACCCGUUCCAGUGUGACUGCCGCAUCCUCUGGCUCCUGCAGUGGAUGCCCACCAUGAACGCCAGUGUGGGGACUGGCGCCUGUGCAGGCCCCGCCGCCCUGAGCCACAUGCAGAUCCGCCACCUCGACCCCAAGACCUUCAAGUGCAGAGCCAUAGAGCUGUCCUGGUUCCAGACGGUCGGGGAGUCGGCGCUGAGCGUAGAGCUCUUCUCCUACCAGGGGGAGCCUCACAUCGUGCUGGCACAGCCCUUCGCCGGCCGCUGCCUGAUCCUGUCCUGGGACUACAGCCUGCAGCGCUUCCGGCCAGAGGAAGAGCUGCCCGCGCCCUCCGUGGUGUCCUGCAAGCCGCUGGUGCUGGGCCCCAGCCUCCUGGUGCUGGCUGCCCGCCUGUGGGGGGGCUCCCAGCUGUGGGCCCGGCCCAGCCCCGGCCUGCGCCUGGCCGCGACGCAGACCCUGGCCCCGAGGCGGCUGCUGCGGCCCAAUGACGCCGAGCUCCUGUGGCUGGAAGGGCAGCCCUGCUUCGUGGUGGCCGACGCCUCCAAGGCGGGCAGCACCACGCUGCUGUGCCGCGACGGGCCCGGCUUUUACCCGCACCAGAGCCUGCACGCCUGGCACCGGGACACGGACGCCGAGGCCCUGGAGCUGGACGGCCGGCCCCAUCUGCUGCUGGCCUCAGCCUCCCAGCGGCCCGUGCUCUUCCACUGGACCGGUGGCCGCUUCGAGAGACGCACGGACAUCCCUGAGGCGGAGGAUGUCUAUGCCACACGCCACUUCCAGGCUGGUGGGGACGUGUUCCUGUGCCUCACACGCUACAUUGGGGACUCCAUGGUCAUGCGCUGGGACGGCUCCAUGUUUCGUCUGCUGCAGCAACUUCCCUCGAGAGGUGCCCAUGUCUUCCAGCCCCUGCUCAUCGCCAGGGACCAGCUGGCCAUCCUGGGCAGUGACUUCGCCUUCAGCCAGGUCCUCCGCCUUGAGCCUGACAAGGGGCUCCUGGAGCCACUGCAGGAGCUGGGGCCCCCGGCCCUGGUGGCCCCCCGUGCCUUUACCCACGUCACCAUCGCCGGCAGACGCUUCCUCUUUGCUGCUUGCUUUAAGGGCCCCACCCAGAUCUACCAGCAUCACGAGAUCGACCUCAGUGCUUGAGACCCCCAACGGGACUCUGGGCAUGGCUGGGGCCCCUAGACGGCCCCUUGGCUGGUUCCCGGCCCCACCUGGGGUGGCGGCUUGCCUGUCAGCUGCUGACCACGGGCCACAUUCAUCAGCCACACGUCUAAGACCUUAAGCCCACUUCUUAAAGGAUCUGCACCUGUCAGGGGACAUAGAGGGUCCUAGCCUACUGGACCUCCUGAGCUGCUCACAUGUCUAAAGCAACAUCUGGACAUCCCGGCUGGGGCAGAUUCCCCAUCAAAGGCAACCUGGGGGUGCAGGCUGGUGCGCUGCAUGGAGUCGAGGUGGGGGUCACGUGCAGAGCUCCGUGAGGUCUGGAAGCUCCCCUCUCAACCUGCUCCCACCCUUCCUGGAACCCCUGAAAGCACUGAGGGGUUGAUGGCAUUCCCUUCCCAUUCUAAACUCCACACAGCCGAUCUGCUUUCCUGGAGAAGCGCCAACCUCGAAGACAGCUCAGUGCUGGGCGGGUUCCCCGCUGCUGCUUGUGCGCAUGCGUACGGCCGCCCUGGGCGCUGUGCCUCUUGCGCCUCCUGCGCGUGCGCGGGGCACAAGGCGUGACAGCGAGAGGUGUCGCCGGGAGCCCGGUGCCCUCCUGGAUGGGCGACUGGGGCAAGGACAAGAAGAGUCCGAGCUCAAUAAAUGCGCUGUGCACCCGCCCCGC